AUGCCCAGGCUUUUCCAAGAUGACCAAGACGGCUUCCAGAAAUACUGUUCCAGGCCAUCUGUGUGGAAGCAACUUCUGCCCUUGUUUAGGUCUGAAAGAUAUAACGCAAACAUCCACCAAACCCCAGAACAUGAAGAGGACACCAAAGCUGUGCAUGACUUCAAGGCCUUCCCGCUUCUGCCUUCGCAGCUUCCAGGAUCGCCCGCCGCCCCGAAGCUGCCUGGCCUCCUUUCUAGCUGGCUGUCUGGCAUCGCGGGGCUCUUCGCUCACCGUCUGCGGCGACCCCCUCCAGAGUCUCCCCAGCGGCGUCUGGACUUCUCCCCUCUGCUCCCAGCCUUGCCUGCUGCCGGGAUCUCGCGGGGACACGUGGAGCUGCCGGGCCGCCUCUCGUUCCUGCUUGGGGCAGCGCUGGCACUGCCCGGCCGAUCCCCAGGCCCCCCUGCCCACUGCGUAGCAGAGCCCCGGGAAGAGGACGCCCGCACCCGGCAAAGCUCGCCAGUGCCGCCUAUGGGAUCCAAACAGAUGGAGAUGAGAAAACGGCAGAUGUCUGCAGCCCAGGAGACACCAGGCGCUGCCCCAGGCCAGCACGUAGGAGGAAAUCGUGGAUCAAAUGCCUGCUGCUUCUGCUGGUGCUGCUGCUGUAGCUGCUCUUGUCUUACCUUCAGAAACCAAGAAGAUCAGAGACCCAGGAGGGCUUCCCACGACCUCAGAACAGAAGGCUUCCCGACUUGUGAAGAAAGCACGACCCCCACUCUGGAAGAAGUCAGCUCCUGGGCCCAGUCCUUUGACAAGUUAAUGAUCACUCCAGCAGGAAGAAAUGCUUUCCGUGAAUUCCUCCGGACAGAAUUCAGUGAAGAAAAUAUGCUUUUCUGGAUGGCCUGUGAAGAACUGAAAAAAGAAGCUAAUAAAAAGAUGAUUGAAGAAAAAGCAAGGAUAAUAUAUGAAGACUACAUUUCUAUUCUUUCUCCUAAAGAGGUCAGCUUAGACUCCCGAGUAAGAGAAGUCAUCAACAAAAACAUGUUGGAACCAUCCCAGCACAUAUUUGAUGAUGCACAACUUCAGAUUUACACCCUAAUGCACAGAGACUCGUACCCCCGGUUUAUGAACUCUACUGUCUAUAAGGACUUGUUCCAGUCUUUAUCUGAGAAAUCCACUGAGGCAUAGGAUUUUUCAAAUAUAUUUAUUAUUAAUAAAAUAUUAAAAGAACUCAUGGUCUACAUCUAGAACAGAGAAUUUAGAGGUAGUAGUAUCAUCUCCUGGAGUAAUACUCCAGCUAUUUUAAUAAUAUGCUUCCUUCUACAGAGGGCCAUACAGUAUUCACUAGGUAAAUUGCAACCGACUUUAGUGAUAUUUUAGAGGAAAAAAUGAAAUAUGACUGCUUUAGAAAGGUAGUUUAUUUACAUUUACAGUAACAGUAGAAUGUUCUCACUAGCAGAGAACACACUAGAAGACUCCAUACUGCCAGGAGCAUGUACAUCCACUGGAACAAACAGGACCGCUUUUGUUUUGCAUGAGUUCAAAAACUGAUUACUCUCCCCCAGAAGAAAGUUCAUUCAGGAGUUUCUCUGCUGCCCUCCCUUCUGAAGGCUCCGUUUCGAACACUUAUCAGUGUCAUUACUGGACCCAAAUUCACAUUUCACAGAGGUGUGACUAAUACUUGUAAAAAUGGUACUCUAUCUUAGAAAAUUGUAUGCAGAUAUGUGUAUGUAUUGUUACACAGUUAAGAGAAAGCAGUGUGGUCUUAGGUUGCCCAGCCUCAAACGUUCAGUAAAAGCAGCAGGUUUAGAAAAUUAUUUCUUUAAAAAGUUACCAUUAUUUUAAUAUCAGAAUUUGACAAUGAAAAUAAUGAAUUUAUCAGUUCACAGUUUGGUCAUAUUUCUAACAAACCUUUAAAAUAAGUGUAUCUCCACUUCUAUUAUGGAAAAAAUCUGGGCAUUUUCACCCUUUUAAAAAAAUAAAGCACAAUAGUUUUACCGCAAUCUUUAUUUUUUCUUCAUAUAUAAGUAUUUGGGAAACAUAAGGUUAAGGAAGUUAAGGCUACGUGCAAAAUAUCUUUCAGCUCUCAUACUAGGAUUCUGUCUUUGUUGUUGUUGCUAGGUGCUGCCGAGUUGGUUCCAACUCACACCAACCCUAUGUACAACAGAACAAAACAUUGCCUGGUCCUGCGCCAUCCUCAGAGUCAUUGGUACGUUUGAGGCAAUCGUUGGAGCCACUGUGUCAAU